AGCUAUCAAGAUCAAAUAUUUGUACAAAGUAAUCUUCAAAGAACAUAUCUUGAAUUAAGGGAGUGGGACAGAUCACCAUUCUCCAACUCAGUAGGUCAGAUGUUUCAUCUCACUUGGAUACGUCACGGCUGAAGAUCUGCUAUCUUCAUUUCAAAAGGAUGAAAUAACGAAUUCACGUACAACUUAAAUGUCAUAGCUGUAGGCGACAUUUCAGCUGGUCCUGAGUUCAAUGACGUGUUCUUAACUUCGCACCUCAAUGCUACCUAAUACCAGCAAGCAUUAGGACCAUGAUGCACAUGCCUAGACUUAAGCUGACAGACCUGAUCAAACAUUGGGCCUGAAGCUUUAAAAAAUUUAAUGUAACAGUUGACAGUUCAACUUGUAUGUAGUAAACAGACAGCCAGCCUUUUUCCAGAGCAAACUAUGCAGAACAUCAUCCUAUCAAGGGAAAACCACACUAGAAAAAAAAUCAACUUGUUGCGAAGAAUGUGAUAUUGUCAGUUUGAGUUACAUUUAUUUUUAUUUAGAACAAUUUAGGGACAAGCAAAUGAUUAGCAGGCAGACAAAAUCCAAGUACAGCUAGAACAGCAACAAGUUGAGAAUUGAAAAAGGGGGAAAGAAAAAGAAGAGGUGGUGCAGCCAACUAACUUGUCACAAUAUUUAAGAGGUUCUCGUGCUACCCUCUCAGAAGAUUUAGCUCCUUUCCUUCUCCUUCCUCUGAACAGAACUACUUGUUCUUCGUCGUCAUCACCAUCAUCAGGAUCUAGAUUUCUUUGCUUGAUUCCUCUUCAGAGUGAAACUAGUUCUGAAGAUUCAGAAACUAAGGUGCUUCACAAAGUUUGGCAACUGAAGCCCUUGCUCUGGAGGAGUUUUUUUGUGUGUGAAAGGCCUCAGCAAUGGCGGUAAAGAUGAAGGGGAUCUUUAAAGGUCUGAGGAUAAUCUCGCAAAUGUUUGCUCAUAAGGAGCAUGAGAUGGAAAUUGGGUUCCCUACAGAUGUAAAGCAUGUGGCUCACAUAGGUUUGGGCACCAGUGACACAUCUCCAAGCUGGAUGAAUGAGUUCAAGUCAAUAGAAGAUAUGUCUGCAGGCUCUCUGAGCACAGCUGGGCAGUCAAGGCAAACUUCUUGGACUUCUACAGACUUUGAGCCAGCAAGAUCCAUGCUGCCCACUGAUAUUAAUUUCCCAGAUAAACAAGAUCAAGAGUCCUCCUCCUGCCCGCCAAGAGGCCCAAGGAAAGCAAGGCGGAAGAAGCCUAGAGAAUCAUCUCCUAACUCUGCAAGAUCAUCUUCCUCGAGGUCAAGAACCUCGUUUGCGACAGCGUACGACGAUUUCAAUGAGUCGCACAGAGGGUUCCGGGUCGUGUAAAAAAAAUGAUGUGUGACCACCUUGCAUAUACAUGUUUCGGUUUAGAGAGGGAGGGAGAUUAUUUAUGAUUUGCUUGAUUCUUUGUCCAUUUUAACGGUGGAGCCAUAGUUGGAAAUACAAAAAAAAAGGAAGUUGGAAGUAAAUUCAUGAUAUUUUCUCAAUGACAUCUCUUGUCACAUUAUCUUUCAAUCCAUAUAACUGUAAAAGAGACCGGUCGGCAUGCCUGCCAAAGUAAUAUCAAUGAUCAUGACAUGGA